GUCCGAGUGAGCACUCGUUGUGUCAGUUGUUCUACAAAGACGGUGUUGAAGAGUAUUAAGUUAUUGAAACGCGUUACAGAAAGAAAGAUUAGUUUAUACUCAGCACUUUUAAAGGAUGUUUUUUCUAUUUAUCGUCUUCUACUGCAUUUCAAUUGUAACUGGAGAAAUACACGUUUUAUACAACACUAAAGUUGCGACAAGUGAUUUAGAUUGGGCCUUACACCCCACAUAUGGAGCGUGGGAGGAAUUGAGCGGACUCGAUGUAGACGGGAACACAAUACGUUACCACCAAGUAUGUAACACAGGAAUGGAUGAACAGGACAAUUGGGUCCGAUCCCCAUUUAUCGACGCAAAGUCGGCCCAGCGUAUUUAUAUGGACAUCGAAUUUUCCGUUAUGAAAUGUGAGGAAUGUCGCGAAACAUUCGCGUUGUAUUAUUACCCGUCCAGCUCCGAUACUGCUACCACUACAUUCCCGCCUUGGAGAGAAAACCCCUAUAUCAAAAUCGAUACAUUAGCAGCUGGUGAAAGAUUCGAUUCCGAAACCGUAGGUGCGGAGGGAAUUAAUAAGAAAACAUUGGUUAUUGGACCAUUAUCAAGACGCGGAUUUUAUAUCGCUGCUCAGGACCAGGGCGCCUGUAUGUCAAUUAUGAGUUUGAAAUUGUAUUAUUACCACUGUGAGGAAACGACCCAUAACCUGGCUUAUUUUCCGAACACCAUAUCGGGCGGCGGUAUCGCUGAAUUGGUGUCGCAAUCUGGAAAGUGCGUUUCGAACUCAGUAUACGCGAAUGAAGUUCCGAAAUACCGAUGUAACAUUUACGGCGAAUGGCAAGUCCCUACUGGUUCUUGUCAGUGCAGAGCUGGGUAUGAACCAAAUACACAACUCACCGCAUGUACAGGCUGCAUGGUUGGCAAGUACAAAUCUACAAAUGGCAAUACACCUUGUCAAGUCUGCCCACAGCACAGCGUAACACAUUCAACAUCCGCUAGUCACUGUACUUGUGUGGCUGGACAUUAUCGAGCCGAAAACGACCCAAUCAGCCAAGCCUGCACUCGGCCCCCCACUAAGCCUCGGAAUGUGACUCAUGUUCAAAACAAGACUUCUCUCUUAUUGUCAUGGGUCCCACCUUCAACUACAGGGGGUAGAACUGAUAUAUAUUACAGCAUAUCAUGUGAACUGUGCGAUUCUGAGCAUGAGAACUGUCAGCCCUGCAAUGUUGAUGUUCAAUACAGACCAAGCAACCACCAGCACACCACAACAACGUACAUGGAAGUCUCAAAUCUUAAUCCCUUCUCAUGCUAUAAGUUCAAGGUUUCUUCUUCAAAUGGUGUUUCUAGGGUCAGCGUGGAGCCCGAACAAUUUGAGCUAAUAAAGAUUUGCACCAACGCCGCUGCUCCGUCUGCUGUCACGGGCCUUAAGUUUAUUUGGAUUGGGGAAGUUUCGGCAACUUUAAGUUGGUUGCCGCCCACACAUAGCAACAAGAUUGUUGGAUAUGAAGUGCAAUUGUUCCAAAACAAUCAGCGUUUAAAACUGACAAAAAUUAUGGAGGUUUCAACACCAAACGUUACAAUAAAUGGUUUGAACCCUGGAUGGAAAUAUGUAGUGAUGGUACGAGCAUGUAAUAACGAUGGGUGCGGCCAGUUCAGUGAAAAACUGCAGCUAGUUACUUAUGACAAAGGUUCUGAGCCUGAAUCUAUAGUGGAAGGCAGUACUACAUGGAUUGGAGGAGUUAUUGGUGGGGUUCUAGUUAUCGUUAUAAUAAUUAUUGUCGUGAUGAUAAAAAGACGACAAACCGAUAAAAAGAAACGAAAAGAAAUCCAAGCCAGAACAAAACUCAACGAAAACACUCAACAACUAAACCAGAGUAGCUUUUUACAAACCGCAGGGCGAACUUAUGUUGAUUACCGUGACCCCCACAAUGGGGUAAAAGAAAUCGCAACCGAGAUUGAUCAAACGAGAAUUAAGAUCGACAGUGUUAUUGGAAGAGGUGAGUUCGGUGAAGUGUGUCGUGGUAAAAUGUUGACGGGCAAAACAACGACUUCUGUCGCCGUGAAACGAUUAAAACACGGAGCAAGUUUAAUUGACCACACCAACUUUCUACGAGAGGCAUGCACUAUGGCACAGUUUAAAGACCCGAAUAUUAUUCAACUGAAAGGAGUGGUUACUAAAAGCAUCCCUGCAAUGAUAAUCACGGAAUUUAUGGAGCAUGGUUCGCUUGAUAAAUUUUUACAGGCUCGUUCUGGGCAGCUUACUGUUCUACAAUUACUUGAAAUGUUACGCGGCAUCGCAAGUGGAAUGAAAUAUCUUUCAUCAAUGAAAUAUGUUCAUCGAGAUUUAGCUGCAAGAAAUAUCCUUGUUAAUUCUCAACUUGUUUGUAAAGUAUCCGACUUUGGUCUUUCAAGAACUCUUGAGAAUGACCCUCAAGCUACCUAUACUACACAGGGUGGAAAGAUCGCCCUCCGCUGGACAGCGCCUGAGAGCAUCCGUUGUCGUCAAUUUACAUCAGCAAGUGAUGUAUGGAGCUAUGGGAUCGUUAUGUGGGAAGUCAUGUCUUAUGGGGAGAAACCUUACUGGGAUAUGAGUAAUGAAGUUGUGACAGAGGUAUUAGAAGAUGGAUACAGGCUCCCGUCACCUGAGGGUUGUCCUACUCCUGUUCAUAGUUUGAUGUUGAAAUGUUGGUCUUAUGAACCGAAACGCAGACCAACCCUGCUGGAAAUCAUUAAGACUUUGGAUCAUUUUAUUAAACAGCCCAGCUCUCUUCAAGAUGACAUGGAAGCUGAUGCAAGUGCCCCGCUGUUAAAGCCAGACAGUCCCAACAGCAUUCAAGAUGUAUCAACAUUAGACGAGUGGUUAGACAUGGUAAAACUUGGAAGAUACCGCAGGAGUUUUCAUAACAACGGAAUUAAUGAUCUUGAAAGCUUGGCUCACAUAAGUGAAAGUGAGUUGGACAGACUUGGCAUAGCGUCACCUUCCCACCGCACCAGACUACAGGGAGGCAUUAACACUUUACGACAACAUUUGGUCGAAGUAAACGAAGUUCAAUCCAGCAGUAACGCACCUUACGACGCCCACGCUUCAACGCUACCAAUAGCUCACGGGAAACCAAGCAAUCCUGUUGCAGUUUGAUCCUAUUUUUAAAACGCCACACAAUGUAUUUUCAUAUAAAUUUGUGUUUUUUUCGUGUAUUUAUUAUUUAAUAAAGAUUACUGUUUCAAAUU